AUGGACACUGACGAGAUCGCCACCCGUCUCGUUGGAGCACACAUGCUUCUGGUGUCUUUCUGUGGAAUCUUAAUCAAUUUCUACAUGUUUUACUUCUUCCUGAAACUUCAAAAAACUAGUUUUUACGUUCUGUGCUCUUCGAAAACGAUAUCAAAUUCUAUCAUACUUUUCGCCUAUCUUCUAUACGUUGGACCAAUCAACUUUUUCUACUCUGGAUUCGGUUCGGCUGUUCUCAGCAGCUACAUCAAUCAGGCGAUGGGCUAUGGUAUUUACUUGCAAGGGCCAAUAACUCAACUAAUGAUAACUGUGAAUCGAUUCCUUGUCGUCUGGAUUUCCGCCGCAAAAACUACCAGCGAUUCCACCAAAGUUACUGUAGUUGCGUUAGCCUUCUCCUGGGUAUUUGCCACGUGGUUCUCGACUUUACUCGGAUUGCCAGAUAAUUGCCGCGUCCCUGUGGACCUUGAACAUGUUGGAUAUACAAGUUCUGAGUGCAGUGUUCAAGUUAUUGAUUAUCUAUUUUUGGCCGUGUUCCUACUUGGAGUUUUCACAAAUGUCCUGAACGUUUCCAUUGCUAUCAAGCUGUAUUUGAUAUCGAAAUCCUCAAACCUCCUCUCCUCCCGAGCUUCAAAAACAAGAAACAAAAAUCGUGUCUACCUGUUCUUACAGUCAUGUUUUCAAGAUUGGAUUGCAGUUUUGGUGAUUUUAAAUAAUAUUCUAGCAUCAAUGUACUGUCGGAGCCAUGUUUGCACAAAUCUUAUCACAAUGGGACUUGAUGUAGUAGUUUAUGCGCUGGAUGGCUUCAUCAUGUAUUUGUUCAACUGCAAAUUCAAGCCAAAAUGA